UCCCCUCUACGAUUCCGGACCCCCGGACUCCAUUUACAGGCCGGUGGCUCGUGGUGGAACCCCCUGCCCCCACCCCUAUCUCAGAGCGCCCGCACCUCUGCUCCCCAGAAACCAAUCGACUAAGGUGACCAUGUCUGAGUCUGGGCACAGUCAGCCUGGGCUCUACGGCAUGGAGAGGCGGCGGCGGUGGAAGGAGCCAGGCCCUGGCGGCCCCCAGAAUCUCUCGGGGCCUGGCGGUCGGGAGAGGGACUACAUCGCCCCCUGGGAAAGAGAGAGACGGGAUGGCAGUGAAGAGCCGGGCACGGCCGUCAUGCAGAAAACGCCCAUCAUCCUCUCAAAGCCUCCAGCAGAGCGGUCAAAGCAGACGGCGCCCCCAGCAGCCCCUGCCGCCCCGCCUGCUCCGGCCCCUCUCGAGAAGCCCAUCGUCCUCAUGAAACCACGGGAGGAGGGGAAAGGGCCUGCGGCCUCGACCCCCGCCUCAACCCCCGAGGGCACUGCCCCACCCCCGCCUGUGGCCCCCGCGCCGCCCAAGGGGGAGAAGGAAGGGCAGCGGCCCACACAGCCUGUGUACCAGAUCCAAAACCGGGGCAUGGGCACUGCCGCGCCAGCAGCCAUGGACCCUGUCGUGGGCCAGGCCAAGCUGCUCCCCCCGGAGCGCAUGAAGCACAGCAUCAAGUUGGUGGAUGACCAGAUGAAUUGGUGCGACAGCGCCAUCGAGUACCUGUUGGAUCAGACCGAUGUGCUGGUGGUUGGUGUCCUGGGCCUCCAGGGGACAGGCAAGUCCAUGGUCAUGUCGUUGUUGUCAGCCAACACUCCUGAAGAGGACCAGAGGGCGUAUGUUUUCCGGGCCCAGAGCGCUGAAAUGAAGGAGCGAGGGGGCAACCAGACCAGUGGCAUCGACUUCUUCAUUACCCAAGAGCGGAUCGUCUUCCUGGACACACAGCCCAUCCUCAGCCCCUCCAUCCUGGACCACCUCAUCAACAACGACCGCAAGCUGCCUCCUGAGUACAACCUGCCCCACACCUACGUGGAGAUGCAGGUGAGGGGGCCAAGCCAGGCUGGGGGACCUCGAGGCGGAGCUGGAUGUGGGCUGGCCUACGUCCUACUUCACAAGAGCCCUGGGAGCCCCAGGAGCUGGAGGGAGAGCCCAGCACCAAGUCAGUCGCUCCAGAUCGCUGCCUUCCUCUUCACCGUGUGCCACGUGGUGAUUGUCGUCCAGGACUGGUUCACAGACCUCAGUCUGUAUAGGUUCCUGCAGACGGCAGAGAUGGUGAAGCCCUCCACCCCAUCCCCCAGCCACGAGUCCAGCAGCUCUUCAGGCUCCGAUGAAGGCACCGAGUACUACCCCCACCUGGUCUUCCUGCAGAACAAAGCUCGCAGGGAGGACUUCUGCCCCCGGAAGCUGCGGCAGAUGCACCUGAUGAUCGACCAGCUCAUGGCCCACUCCCACCUGCGUUACAAGGGUACACUGUCCAUGUUACAGUGCAACGUCUUCCCUGGGCUCCCGCCCGACUUCCUGGACUCCGAGGUCAACCUCUUCCUGGUGCCCUUCAUGGACAGCGAGGCCGAAAGUGAAAACCCCCCAAGAGCAGGACCCGGGUCCAGCCCGCUCUUCUCGCUCCUCCCUGGGUACCGGGGCCACCCCAGUUUCCAGUCCUUGGUGAGCAAGCUCCGGAGCCAGGUUAUGUCCAUGGCCCGGCCGCAGCUGUCGCACACCAUCCUCACUGAGAAGAACUGGUUCCACUAUGCUGCCCGCAUCUGGGACGGGGUGAAGAAGUCGUCCGCCCUGGCAGAGUACAGCCGCCUGCUGGCCUGAGGCUGAGGGGAAUGUCGGGCAGAGAACCCCCUCCCGGGCCCCAGUGGAUGGCCAGGGGCACACACAUGUCCUCCCCCCUCAGGGUGGAGAGUGGCAGCAGGCCUGACAGACGAGGGACGGCAGCUUCCUCACCCAGAGACACGAGGUGUCCAGGGCCAGGCCCCCACCCUCAAUGGAGCGUUGUUCUGGGGGGACUUUGAGAUUCCCCCCCAACCUGGGCGGGGCAGCCCGCCCUCAGCCCCCCACGGGGACAGGCGGUGGCAGGAGCUGCAAGGUCACCGGGAAGCCCAGGCUGCAUCUCGGCCUCCCUCUGCAAGGACAGGGACAGCACGUCCCUCUGCCCUGACUCCGGCCCUGACCUGUAGGGUGAGGCAGGGUUGGGGAGCUCUUUCUCAGGGCAGAUCUGGUGAUUGGAAUAAAAACAGUUGUGCAGGC